GAUGACAAACGCAAUGCGUUUCGUUACUUUAUGGAAUACGAACUUGCUGAGGUUUUUUUUCACGAAAUUGUGCUUAUGCAUGCAUUGAAUAUUAGUUUUGUGCGAUGUGUGAUGUGGACAACAUUAAGUUGGAUCAUCAACAGCUGCUGCAGGAAAUUACUACGUUGUUGGCAGCUAACACAGAGACAAGCGAUGCUAAUGCCUUGCAAUUGAACCAAGAACUUCAGCGGCGCCUGGAACAGGUGCGCAGACGUAUAUUAAAGUUGUUGGAGACAGUGCGCGGCCGUUACAAGCGCAACGAGCAGACACUCGUACGCCGCCAGAAACCACGCUCUCACAUCGUCACAGAAGAUGGCGCUGAAAGCGUAAGCAAGAGCGGAGCAGUACUUCGCGGCGGAACAUUUCGUUUUAAGGGCAAUCUAUACUUUCGCGAUGUCGACGGACGUAGCUGUCCUAACAAUGACGACUACGAACGACGUUGCAGCACCGAAAUGUUUCCCACCGAUUUCGAUAUGCGCUCUAAGCACGUCUGGACAGUGCUAGACAAAAAGAACGUCGUCAUGGGAAUUAAGCAGCAGUUGUUGGAUCAUGCCAGGUAUCAGGCCGCAGCAGCGAAUAAAUCAUCCAACAAUAUCAAUGAGCGCAAACGCAAGGGCAUCGAUCUGCAUGUUCAAACUGUGGCCAGUUUAUUAGCUAAUGCCGACAAUAAUUUCAGCAUUGACUGGAAUCAGAUUAGCACACUGGAUCUCGAGCAUCGUCACUCGUCCUACAGCUGCGAGGCAAUGUGGCUGGUGUACCUGCAGCCUCAGUUAAGGCGCGACGACUGGACAGCUGAGGAGGAUAAAGCUUUGCUGGCCGCAGCUAAAGCCAACAAGCUACAAAACUGGCAAGCCAUAGCUGGAGCAGUGAGUCAGCGAUCCGACUAUCAGUGCUUUGUGCGCAUGCAGACAACAUUGCGCUUUCACUUGGAGCCGACAAGUACGAUGCGAUGGAGUCAUGAGGAUAAUGAACGUUUAUGCGCCAUUGUCCAGCGAAAUACGGUGAAUGGGUUGACCAACUGGUCGCAAGUGGUCGAACAUUUCCCGGGAAGAUCACGAUCUACAUUAAUUGGACGCUAUAUGUAUGUGCUACAUCCCAGCAUCAGUCACGCUCCUUUUACACCCAGCGAGGAUCUUAUGCUGUUCGCUGCCGUUGAGGAGUACAAUGGCAAAUUCAAUUGUUUCCCGCGUAAUUUGUUUCCCAAUCGGUCGCUGGCCCAGCUUCGCACACGAUAUAACAAUGUGCUGGCACAGCGGAAUAAAACCGAUCCCUGGUCCAUGGAUGAUGACACAAAGCUAAUGAGUUUUGUUACCGAGCAUGGUACCUCCCAGUGGGUGAGGUGUGCCAAUCAUUUGGGCAAUCACACACGUACCAGCUGUCGUACACGCUUCCUGGUCAUCAAGCGUUUUCUUGAGCAGCAUCCGGAUGCGACAGUGAGUGACAUUCCACGUCGGAAGAUCACUAAAAAUGCUCCAGUAACCGCCGAGAAUUGGGCUCAGCGCUUGCAGGAAUGGCAAGCUGACCCGGAUUCACUGGUCAUCGAUCUCGCCCACAAGCCGAAACCAAAAAGACCCAAGUUUGAAACGGCCAUCAAUGGCAAUUGUUUGAUGCCAUUGCGCGGCAUUGACUCGCACAUCUACGAGUACUUCAAGUAUUCCUAUAAUCUGAAACUUCAUGCUCCGCCAGCACCAAUUCCGCUCCCAUGCAACGAACGUAAUCUAUAUGUGGUGGCCAAUGCGCUACGCUACAAGCCACAAGCCAAUGCUACCCAACUGGUGCAGAGCAUCGCACUGAACAAGCAGUUAAAUCGAUGCUACAGCAAGAUGAUGCGUCAAUUGCCCGCCAUGGAGGCAAGUGAAUCAGCUGCGGCCCCAUUGCUGCUGCCGCCCAAUUGGUCCACAAUGAUGGGCUUUCGUGCCAUAUGCAUCUUGUCAGUGCAUUGUCGAAAUCAUGCGAAAAUAUCGAGUGAACUGAAACCUGCCGUAAGCUAUGAUGAAUCGCAGGCAGCAGUACAGCUAUUCCGGCAACGAUUACGCACUCUUUUCUAUACCACCACACUGCUGAGUCGGCUGGAACCGCCUUCAUUUGAACAGCUUCCCUCGGCUUUAAUGGCACUGCCGCGACCAGCUGUAAGCUAUGGUGCGACUAAGAAAUCUGAUCCGCCGACAUCCACACAGCUUCAGAAGCAAUCCCGUCAGAAGCACGACUCAUCCAGAGACGUAAGUAGUCUGAACGCUCAAAAAAUAGCCCGCCGACAAAUCGAAGAACUGGACCGCAUGGCACAAUCGCAGAAGAGUUUUAAAUCUGAGUUUAAGGAUGAGCCAAAUGUUAAGCAGGAACUGUCUUACGAAUAAAGUUAACUCAUUUCAUUU